AUGUCGAUCUCCAACAUUACAGUCUUCAUGCCUUCUGUAUUGACACUAAUAGGGAUCCCAGGCCUAGAGUCUGUGCAGUGCUGGAUUGGGAUUCCAUUCUGUGCCAUGUAUCUCAUUGCUAUGUUUGGAAAUUCCCUGCUUCUGAUCAUUAUCAGGUCACAUCGCAGCCUCCAUGAACCCAUGUACAUUUUUGUAGGCAUGCUAGGAGUCACAGAUAUUGCACUUGCAACCACCAUUAUGCCCAAGAUGCUUGGCAUAUUCUGGUUUCAUGUACCAGAGAUUUAUUUUGACUUUUGCUUGCUUCAAAUGUGGCUCAUUCAUACAUUUCAGGGCAUAGAGUCAGGCAUCCUCCUGGCCAUGGCUCUAGAUCGUUAUGUGGCCAUAUAUUAUCCACUAAGACACGGCACCAUCUUCACCCACCAGCUGGUCUAUCAAAUAGGGGCUGGGAUAGCACUCAGGGCUGCCAUUCUAGUAGCCCCAUGCCUAGUACUGAUAAAGUGCCGGUUUCAAUUUUACCACACAACCAUCAUCUCCCACUCCUACUGUGAGCAUAUGGCCAUUGUGAAGCUGGCUGCAGAAAAUGUGCGGGUCAACAAAAUCUAUGGCUUGUUUGUGGCAUUUGCUGUUGCAGGAUUUGACAUGAUAUUCAUCACUUUGUCCUACAUACAGAUCUUUUUCACAGUUUUUCGUUUGCCCCAGAAGGAGGCUCGGUGGAAAGCAUUCAAUACCUGCAUUGCCCACAUCUGUGUCUUCCUCCAGUUCUAUCUCCUUGCCUUCUUCUCCUUCUUCACACAUAGGUUUGGUGCUCAUGUUCCUCCUUAUAUCCAUAUCCUCUUUUCUAGCCUCUACUUGCUGGUCCCCCCUUUUCUCAAUCCUCUUGUCUAUGGUGCCAAGACCAAGCAGAUCCGCAUUCACGUGGUAAAGAUGCUAUGUUCAUAA